CAGAUAGUAAACUCUGCUCAUGCACUCCGCUGACCCAGCUGCCUGGUUCCACCUGCUCUGUUCCUCCAUCUCCUGCACUCCGGAUCCAGCCCUGACCAGACCUCCCCCCUCCCUCCCUCACCUUGGACCUGCUGCCUACUCCUGGAUCCCCUACUUGUCGUGGAGGGUCUCUGCCUGGCGUGUGCCCCCCUCGGCUCUGGAAAACACCCCGCCUGUCGCCCCCCCUGGAACGAGGCUCUCCUGCCCGCUCUCCGCCGCCAACCUACCCCCACCAUGGAGGAUGCCAACCGGGCCGCCGGUUCCUAGUACGGUCACCCUCCCCGUUUAGUUCAGUUACUCCAGACAUCAGUUUUCCACCCCGUCCAGCACUCCCUUAACCUCUGUUUAACACAAUAAAAUCCACCUUUGUUCUUGCCUCAGUCCCUAGUCUGUGUGCUCUCUGCUCGGGUUCACCCCUACGCCGUGACAGUAACCAAUA